AUGAACGUGGAUCUGUGGGUGCAGUCGCCACGCGCACCAAACCGAAGCGUGAAAUUUCUAAGGUACAGCAAGGAGAUUGAAAACAACCAGUGGGCUGUGGUGGACGUAUCCAUCGAUGGCAUCCGUGGAAUCGAACCAAAUAAUGGCAGCCAAAUUGGGUACAUGAGCUGCAGGUUGCUGCCCUCUGGCUGCCUCCUUCAGGACAUGAGCAAUGGCCUUUGUAAGGUGACAUGGAUUGUGCAUGCGGAGUACGAUGAGACCACUGUUUCGCCACUCUUCAGAGGAUUGUUCCAGUCCGGGCAGGCCCUUGGCGCAAGCCGUUGGCUUGCAUCGCUCCAGAGGCAGUGUGAGUACAUGGCCACUCUGCACUGCACCCAUUCCUCAGGACCAGCCAUGUCUGCGCUAGGAAGAAGGGGCGUCUUGGAUUUGGCCCAGCGAAUGAUGGUGAGCUUCUAUACCGCCGUGUCCAAGCCGGUUACUCCGGGACCAAGCAACAUUGUCAACGAGUGGCAUGGUAGCUGCGACAUUGGCGCCAAAACGUUUUUGGCAACUGUGCGCAUGGUAAUAUGGAAUAUUUCUACCAUGGGGCAGCCACCCGCGCUUGUGCUGUGUGCCACCACGACUGUGUGGUUGCCAGGCGUGCCACCACAUCGUGUUCACGAGUACCUCUGCAAUGGGCAGCGCCGCGGCGAGUGGGAUAAGUUUGGCUAUGGUGGCGCGGUGCAGGAGCUGAGCUCUAUAGUCACGUGCCGGCAAUUACGUGGCAAUGUUGUCUCCGUCCUUCAACCCAGUGAUGUUACAGUUCGAGCUAACAGCAACAUGCUGAUCCUGCAAGAGGCAACCAGCGACUUGUCAUGCUCGCUUGUGGUGUACAGCUUCGUCGAAAAGAACAUGAUGUGUGCUGUCAUGGAUGGUGCUGACAACUCCGCUGUCUUCCUCCUGCCGUCCGGAUUCGCCAUCCUUCCAGAUGGUCAUGCCAAGGCUCACCGCGCUGCAGCUGCCAGCUCCUCCUACAGCACUCCCACCGGCCAGAACAGCACUGCAGGAUCUCUUCUUACCGCAGCCUACCAGCAAAUACUGCCCAAUUCUAUAUCCACCCAUGCACUCGAGACCUUGGACGAUGCUGGAAGUCGGGUCUGCCAAGCAAUAAGCCAAAUCCUUGCUGCCGUUGGGGCUGAUAUUGCAAUCCCAGCCUGA